AUGUACACAAACUAUGCGAUAUCGUGCAGUAGUUCCAUGUUUUAACCCGUAGUUCAUUUAUAGCAGUUCAAACUGUGAUUUGUAUAAAGCCGUACAUCUAAUAUGGAACUGUUUACAUUAAAUUUAUUGUUUUUCUUGAAAUCUGUUUUAAUCGGAUUAUUCCUUAUCGCAUUGUAUAAUGCAAUUUGUUUUUACCGCUACGUGAAACGCAUGGAACGUGCAUUUUCUGGUGUCACAAUACCUGAAACUCAUUGGCUUUUAGGAUGUUUUCCAUACUUUCCCAAAGACCCUACGAAGCGUAUUCAUCAUUUCAUCGAGCUUUGCAACAAGAAUGUCUGCGAGGAUGGGUUCGCCUUCCUGUGGGGGUUCUUCCGGCGUCCUAUCGUCAUCGCGUGUAGCCCCGAAGCUAUGGGACAAAUCUGUAAAAGCAACGCACCAAAGGCCCGUGGUCUGGUCGGUGUAUACCGUCUGAUAGAACCCUGGCUUGGGGAAGGACUUCUGGUGGCUAACGGGAAGCGAUGGGCCCGGAACAGGCGGCUCCUGACGCCGGCGUUCCACUUUGACAUCUUGAAACCUUACACGAAGGUCUUCAACAGGUCGGCAGACGUGCUGGUGGCCAAGCUCUCCAAGAAGGCUGAAACCAAGGAGAGUUUCGAGGUGUUCCAGAACGUGCUCUUGUGUACGCUGGAGAUCAUUCUUAAGUGCGCCUUCUCCUAUGAAAAAGACGUGCAGCAUGCCGGGGAGACAGAUCCAUACGUGAAGGCUGUAAACCGUAUUACAGACACCCUGAUUGUCCGAUUUUUGCGGCCUAUCCUUCUAUGGGACUUCGCUUUCUACCUGACCGACACGGGUCGCAAGUUCAAGAAAGACUGCGAUUUCGUGCAUUCUGUGGCGGAGGAAAUAAUUGACAAACGGAAACAAGCUUUGGCGGCCGGAGCGGAUGCCGAUGUCGCAGAGAAGCGUUACGUCGACUUCCUUGAUAUCCUGCUUACGGCGCGGGACGAGACGGGGAACGGACUGACGCGCCUCGAGAUCAGAAACGAGGUCGACACCUUCCUGUUUGAAGGCCACGACACGACCGGGAGCGCUAUUUCCUGGAUCCUGUACUCGCUGGCACAACAUCCGAAGUACCAGAGAAGAUGCCAACAGGAAGUGGAUGCAUUGCUCGCCGGCCGCGAUACCGACGACAUCGAAUGGUCUGAUCUAUCGAAACUUGAGUUCCUCACGCAGUGUAUCAAAGAAGGCAUGCGACUUCACGCACCCGUCCCCAUUUUAUCACGAGAACUGCAAGAGGAACUUAACAUUGGGGGUCGGGCCAUACCCCCGGGCUGCAUUGUGCAGCUUAAUAUCUGGGCUCUGCACCAUAUGGAGAAAUACUGGGGCGCAGACCACUGGGAGUUCAAACCGGAGCGAUUCGCACCCGAAAACAUCGACAAGAUAGCUUCUUACCAGUUCGUUCCAUUUUCCGCCGGAAAUAGAAACUGCAUCGGACAGCACUUCGCGAUGAACGAAGAGAAGGUGAUUUUAAGCAAACUUCUGAGAAAUUUCACGUUCAGCCUUGAUCCUGCUUACGAAGUGAAAAAGAACGCGUCUGCAGUGAUGCGAACGGUCGAUGGCCUGCAUAUGUACUCUGAGAAACGGAUUUAUUGAGACGCUUGGACAAAAUGCAUGGACUCUUAAAGAGAUCAAUGCCACUAAGGCGCUUGAAUAUAGAAACUGGGGUGUUCUGUUUAUUUUAACACGUGCUUUUUAGGAUUAUUGAUUGAUUGGUUUGUGUGAACUUGACUUCAGUUCUUAUUAAUCAGGAAUUUUAUUAAUAGAUGUGGCUGCAACACGUGUUAUUUCAAAUCUGAAAAAGAUCAAUCAUAAAAAACGUGUUUUUUCAAGUGUGAAAAAGAUCUAUCAUAAAAAACGUAUUAUUUCAAGUCUGAAAAAGAUCAAUCCUAAAAAAACAGUAUUUUAAAAGUUGAGAAUUUAAAUGAGCGACUUCUUAUACAUCAUCUCAAAUUAAUCAUGAUGAUUUUGAUUGUAGCAUCUAAAGAAACUUUUCUCAAAGCAAUUUUAUUCAUGUAAAUGUGUACAGAAACAGUAACACAAACAAUAAUGAUAGAUCAGCAUGAUUCACAAAAGAGAAAUACAGUCCUAUAUUGUUCUUUGAAAAAACAACAUCAAACCCAUAUAAACUUGUUUCUUAUCUUUUAAGGUUUUUAAUAUUCCUCCAUUAACCCAUUACAAACUAGAUUGACCGUUCACAUCAUGCUCGAUUUGAACCUCCUGUUACUGUCCAACUAAUUCCUUAACAACAAAUGGAAUGUUCACAGAAAGAUAAAAGCAAAAGAAUAACAAAUCACAAACGUAUAUAUUGCCUUCAUGUAAGGCACACCACUAUGUCAAAUAAUGCUCAAUGGACCAUUUUUGUGCAUCCCCGCCAUUGCAGUCUUGAACUCUGAUGUUUCCGCCUGACUUUUCUUCUGCAACAUCCAGGCACCUGCCACUUACAACAUGCACUAUAGUUCCUUUGACCUGUAAAUUUUAAAUUUGAGAAUUAAGUUUUAAGUUAUUAGUGUUUCCUGGUCGAUUUCGAGUUCUGAUGUGAAGGAGUCAAUUGUUUAGGAAUCAAUGUUUGUUAAUUGGCUGAUAACUAUGUGGAGUUCUGAUGUGAAUGAAUAAAAAAUGUUUACGAAUCAAUGUUUUUUAUUGACUGAUAACAAUAUGGAGUUCUGAUGUGAAUAAAUUAAUGUUUGUUUAUGAAUCAAUGUUUGUUUAUUGACUGAUAACUAUUUGGAGUUCUGAUGUAAAUGAAUUAAAGUUUGUUUAUGAAUCAAUGUUUGUUAAUUGUCUGCUAACUAUUUGGAGUUCUGAUGUUAUGAAAACAAUGUUUGUUUAUGAAUCAAUUUAUGUUAAUUGGCUGAUAACUAUUUGGAGUUCUGUUGUGAAGGAAUCAAUGUUUGUUUAUUAGCUUAUUGACUUUUUGGAGUUAUGAUGUGAAGGAAUUAAUUUUUGUUUAUGGCUGAUAACUAUUUGGAGUUUUGAUGUGAAGGAAUCAAUGUUUGUUUAUUUACUGAUAACUUUUUAACGUUCUGAUGUGAAGGAAUCUAUGUCUGUUUACAGAAUGUUCUACAUGAAGAAUGAUGUAGAUAGUGGUAGUAAGUGCCAAGUAUGACUUAAAAAAAUUAAAGUGAUUCUUCAAUAUUCCAAAAUAAAGAAUAUUAAUUAUU